CCGUGCACAUUGUCAGUGUUGUCUGUGAAAGGCGAAAGGUACAGAUGACUAUCGACAUCCCUAUUGCCGACCAGGACGACUACAGAAUAAUACAUGAAGAAUGGAUAGAACAUAUCAACCCUCAGUCAUAUGUGCCCCCGUAGGGGCCAAUACUGAUGAUGACAAAGGAUGUAACGAGAGCUCCAAUUACAAAGCUGACAGCCACACUGGGAAGCAAUGCAGUGAUCAUCUUGAACUCUUGUCGGCUACAGGGGCAUGCAACAGCAGCUUGUCUUACUGCAACGCCGCCGGCAUCGUACACGGGGGUAUCAACACGACUCAUGCCGCAACAUGCAAUUUUUACAUCAACUCCUCGGGUGCCAAAGAAACCAGAAUAUGUGACAAUGAUACAGAAAAAGGAAACCAUUCUGGUCGAAAGGCUUCAGUUGGCACCAUUGAAAUUAGCUUGACAAGUCAGGGUGUGGACAUCAAACUGGGCUGCCCAGAUGGAAAUGACCCAAAUAUGCCCUCACAGCUGACAGAGGACAAUUCGAAUUCUGUCCUUAAGAUUGGUGGCACGGGAACGCCAUGUGAUGGAUCCGAAACGUCAGUUCCCAAAGGGACGAAAUCAACAGGUAUUCAGGAAGACCGUUCAUCAUCUUCAUACCGACCUACAAUUGGCGUGGCAUUGCCUGAUAUCGGCCUCUGGGAGUGGCUUAAAGACAGCUUUUCUUCAAACCCUGGCACAUCUGAACCUGACACUGAUGAAGGCAGUUACAGCUGCGAAGAAGUCGAUGACUUUAUCCUUGUGUCCCCGUCAGACAUCACUCUUCAGGGGAAGGUUAAGAUCUCCUCUCACGACAUCACCGACGGUAAAGAUUUGCACCCGACCAAUUCAAAAAGAGCUUUCAUACACCAAGAGGAUGCGAAUGGCUCCAAUGGCGGAAACCUGGUGGCAAAUCCAUCUCAAAACCAUGAAAACCAAAUACCAAUCACAUUACUUCAAGAAGACACCAAUGUGACUGCUGAGUCUGCAGCUAAAGAACAUUCCAACAAAGUAAGACCUGGAUCUGACCAUCUAGGCAAUAUUAAAAGCCUACACCCUCACACUGAGCCUAAUGACUACUUCCAUCUUGAACGUUUGCUUGCUGCAGUGAACACAAUACAAGAACCUUGGGGUUCCUUCACUGAAGGAGCAUUACUGUCGUUGUUAGCAGUGGCAGAAAAAGGAGACGUUGCCCAAGUGAUAUAUAUUGACAGGUUUCUGAGAAACAAAAUGAUUGAAAUCCCAAACGGUUUUCAUCCUACGGCAAAUCAUCAAAGCUUUUUCAACGAUGUCAAAGUGCUUCAAAGGAUCAGGAACCUCUCCGAUCAUGUUCGUUGGAGAACAGAGCAAAAUAUGUCUUACAUUGUGAAAAUAGCGCAGUGGGACCCAAGCAAAAUCAAAGACAUUAUUACAUUUCUGGAUGACUUCUUUCUUAAUCAACCAAACUGAGAAAGUUUUUUAGCAUUUGCUUCAAAUAUUAUUUGAGGAAUAAAUGUCUUAGUGGUUUCAGACACUUGUAUACGUACCACUAAUGAACUGAGACACUACAAUGAGAUCAAACAUUUAUGUAAUUCUUAAUAUACUCUAUAUUUUGUUUUGUAUAGUUGCUGCUGUAUAUAUAUAAACAUGGCACGUAGAAAAGAGAAUUGUUUGAAAUAAACUUAAACUGGCCUUCUUGUUGAUA